AUGUGCCCUCCGGUCAGCGUGCGGUAUGAGGAAGAGGGCAUGUCCUACCUCUACGCCUCCUGGAUGUAUCAGCUUCAACAUGGAGAUCAGCUAAGCAUUUGCUUCACUUGCUUCAAGGCUGCCUUUCUAGACCUUAAAGACUUGCUGGAGUCAGAGGACUGGGAAGAAGACGAUUCGGACCCUGAGCUGAUGGAGCACACUGACACAGAGUCGGAGCAGGAGGGGUCCUCAGGGAUGGAGCUGAGCUGGGGGCAGAGUCCAGGACAGCCUGCGCAGGAGGGUUCUGAGGCAUGGGGGCUAGGGACCCUGACAUCAGCCGCAGAAGGCUUGGAAGAUGCAGAUCUGGACCCCGACUUUGUGCCCACUGAACUAGGGCCUCAGGAAGCUGUACCCCUGGGCCUGGGCCUUGAGGAUGCUGAGUGGACCCAGGGUCUGCCCUGGAGAUUUGAGGGGCUUCUUACCUGCUCACACUGGCCAAGCUUCUUUCCUUCAUAG